GCACAGGGGCCCGCAAAGGCAUUUUGCUUCCGGGGGCUGGGGCUGCGCAGCCACAACAAGGAUGGGACCCUUCGUGUCUCCCUUGCCACCUGCCCUUGCUCCAGUAAUAAACCGAUUCACCAGACGGGCCUCAGUGUGUGCAGAAGCUUACAAUCCUGAUGAAGAGGAGGAUGACAUGGAAUCCAGGGUUAUUCACCCCAAAACAGAUGAUCAAAGAAACAGAUUGCAAGAGGCUUGCAAGGACAUUCUUCUUUUUAAGAACCUAGAUCCGAGACAAGUUGGCUUAAGAAAUGGACAAGUUCAGUGGAGAGCGUGUUGUCUUCUUCCCCCUCUGAAUGACACACAUCAAUUAACAGGAUAUGGAGCAACCAAAAUGGAACAGAUGUCCCAGGUAUUAGAUGCUAUGUUUGAAAAGCUGAUUGAAGGAGGGGAGCAUGUCAUUGAUCAAGGUGAUGAUGGUGACAACUUCUAUGUAAUUGACAGAGGGACAUACGAUAUUUAUGUAAAAUGUGAUGGUGUUGGGAGAUGUGUUGGUACCUAUGAUAACCGUGGAAGCUUUGGUGAGUUGGCUUUAAUGUACAAUACACCCAGAGCAGCUACGAUAAUAGCUACCUCUCCUGGUGCUGUAUGGGGUCUGGACAGGUUAACGUUCCGGAGAAUCAUUGUAAAAAACAAUGCCAAAAAGAGAAGAAUGUAUGAAAAUUUUAUUGAGUCAUUGCCAUUCCUUAAAUCUUUAGAAGUAUCAGAACGCUUAAAAGUGGUGGAUGUUAUAGGCACCAAAGUAUACAGUGAUGGAGAACAAAUCAUCGCUCAGGGAGACAUGGCUGAUUGUUUUUUCAUUGUAGAAUCAGGAGAAGUGAGAAUUACAAUGAAAAGGAAGAGCAAACAGGAUGCAGAAGAGAAUGGGGCAGUUGAAAUAGCCCGGUGCUUUAGAGGACAGUAUUUUGGAGAACUUGCUCUUGUAACUAACAAACCUCGAGCAGCUUCAGCAUUCGCCCUUGGAACUGUCAAGUGCUUAGUUAUGGAUGUGCAGGCAUUUGAAAGGCUUUUGGGACCUUGUAUGGAAAUUAUGAAAAGAAACAUUGCAAACUAUGAGGAGCAGCUAGUUGCUCUUUUUGGAACAAACAUGGACAUUGCUGAUCCCAGUGCAUGAACUGAAGUGUGGACCAACAAGAUCUGAUAUGAGAAAAUAGCACAGUAGUGGUUAGUCCACUGAUAAAGUCUCUCUUCCUGUAGAUGCCAGGCAUUUUCUGUAACUUUAGGGUUGGGAAUAUUUUUUGUUUUGUUUUGUCACUUUACAAUAGACAGAUUGGUAAGCAAAAUAGGGAUUUAUUAACCUCCGAGCCUGAUUUUCAGGAUGACUUAGCACUAGCAGUUCAAUUUGAAUUGAGAGGAGCUGUAGCAGUACAGCACCUUGGAAAAUCAGGUCCUUUAUACACAGAUUUAAGAAAUCCACAUGUGGUGAAUUUAUUAAACCAGCUUUUCAUCUAUUGAAUGGUUAAGAUUUUUUUGGAAGACUGUUGGUUUGAGUGUGAUAUGUUGAAAGUAUUAGUGCACACAAAACGUUCAUAAGUAUUCAUAAUAUAGAAGAUACACAGUGGAUGUUCAUGUCUGCCUAUUAAAACUGUCAUGAUACUAUACUGUAUUUAUGACAGAUGUAUAGAAAAGGAAUACCACAAACCUCCUUAUACAAUAAAGCAUGACAGUACAUUUUAUGUAAAGUUCAUGACCUGUCUGAUUUUAACAUUUUUUUGAUUUGUUAAAAGUCCUCUUUUUUAAUAUGCCACAUUUCAGUAAGCCUGUUAGGAAGGUAUUGUAAUAUCUUAUGCAAUUUAGAGGACUUGUAUAUUUUUGCAAUAAAUUGCAUUUUUUAUUUGCCACACACACACACACACACACACACACACACACACACACACACUUUUGAGGAAGCUCAUAAGUUAAUUGUGAUGUGAGUAUAUUCUUCAAAGCAAAAGCAAAAAGAUUUUGCCUAGGCAUAGGUAGUUCUCACUCUCUACUUAAUCAUGCAUACAUAACAAACAUCGGUUUCCUUCCAAUUUCUUGUUUUAUAUUUUAUGCAUUUUGUCUUUCCCCCAUGUGUUUUGUACUCUAGUCUUGAUUUACCUUUUGGGACCUCACUUUUAUUUUUCUCCAUCAAAUCUUUCCCCUGUUUCAAAUCAAGUGAUUUCUGCACAUCUCUCUUCUUAGAUUUAGACAUAGUAGGUAUGACAGAUAAAAUGAAUUGAUGUUGAAAGCUAUGCUAAACUAAGCACGCUCUUGGAAAUCCUUACUAGCAAAUACAAAAAAGAAUUUGAAUCUGA